AUGGAAUCUUAUCUCAUGUGGCCUUUACUCUUGGGUUUGUCCACCCUGUCGAAAAGAUCGGAAAGUUUCCACCUCAACACCAGCUUGAGGGAAUCCUUUCAGCUCCCCAACAUCACUGGCUUGUUCUCCUGGAAUAACUACAGUCUAGUGGAAUGGCAAAGCUUUUUAGGGAAGAAGAGAUACGGAGCCGAAUCGCAAAACCCCACUGUGAAGGCUCUUUUAAUCGUGGCUUAUUCUUUUAUCAUCGUCUUCUCACUUUUCGGGAAUGUCUUGGUCUGUCACGUGGUCAUCAAGAACAAGCGGAUGCAUUCAGCCACCAGCCUGUUCAUAGUCAACCUGGCCGUGGCCGAUAUUCUCAUUACUCUACUCAACACACCUUUUACACUGGCCCGUUUUGUGAAUAGCACUUGGAUGUUUGGAAAAGGCAUGUGCCAUGUCAGUCGCUUCGCCCAGUAUUGUUCCCUGCAUGUCUCUGCCCUGACCCUCACAGCAAUCGCAGUGGAUAGACACCAGGUUAUCAUGCAUCCCUUAAAGCCACGGAUAUCGACUGUUCGAGGGGUGGCGUACAUCGCUAUCAUCUGGAUCAUGGCGACAUGUUUCUCCCUUCCUCACGCUAUUUACCAGAAGCUCUUCACAUUUGAAUACAGUGAAGAAACUAUCAGAAGUUUAUGUCUCCCUGACUUUCCGGAACCUUCUGACCUCUUCUGGAAGUAUCUGGACCUGGCCACAUUCAUCUUACUCUAUGUCUUACCAUUACUGAUCAUCUCUGUUGCCUACACAACCGUAGCAAAGAAGUUGUGGCUUCGCAAUGCCAUCGGAGAUGUCACCACCGAGCAGUAUUUUGCCCUCCGUCGAAAGAAAAAGAAGACCAUCAAGAUGUUGAUGCUUGUGGUUGUCCUCUUCGCUGUCUGCUGGUUCCCUUUGAACUGUUAUGUCGUCCUCCUCUCAAGUCAAAUCAUUCGUACUAACAAUGCUGUUUACUUUGCGUUCCACUGGUUUGCCAUGAGCAGUACCUGCUACAACCCAUUUAUAUACUGUUGGCUUAAUGACAAUUUCAGAUCGGAACUAAAGGCCUUGCUCAACAUUUUCAAGAAGCAGCCUGGACCUCAGGAAGACCUACUUCCCUCCAACGUCCCUUCUUAUAGAGUGGCCUGGCCUGAAAGCCGAAACUUCAAGAGGUCAUUAGUGUCACAUGCCCUCCCAUCAUCUUCUAAUAUCCAGUCUGGGAAGACUGAUAUCUCGGCUGUGGAGCCUAUCGUGUCCGUUGGCUAA